AUGACGGACCCCCGGGUGUGUGCUGGACAGAGGAAGCCCAGCCUGUCCUUCUCCAUUGAGGAAAUCUUAAAGAAACCUUCUGCCAGCAGUGUCCUGAGCAGUGAAACCAGAAACAGGAAUAGCUACGCCGAGAGACCUCAGUCCCUAAAAGCAGGGUCAGCGGUGGCCUUUGAUUCCAGCAGCCAGAGACAGUCUGACUGUGGUUUACCUUCAGUCAAAAUGCUUCUUCCCACCACAUGUGCUGCACCCAUGGCCAAAGCAAGGAGAGUUCAGGCAGCUCACUGCAGAAGGCCUACUGCCAACCCAGUGUCCCUUCUGGGUGAGGACACGGGACGUGAAUGUCUGGAAGGCAAAAGAAAACAUGAGGAAGAGGAAGAUCAGCUAUGUGGUUUCCCAGUGGACCAUCCACUUCAUGCUGAGAGGAAAGGGAAACGAAGAAUUCGGACAACAUUCACAGCUGAGCAGCUCCAGGAACUGGAGAAAAUUUUCCAAGUGACUCACUACCCGGAUGUCCAUAUUCGCAAUCAACUGGCAGCAAAGAUAAACCUCCCAGAAGCCAGAGUUCAGAUCUGGUUCCAGAAUCAGCGAGCAAAGUGGAGGAAACAUGAGAAGUUCGGGAACUUUGGUGGCCUUCAGCAUAUGACAGAAGUUGAAUUUGCUCCCAAGUCAGAUAUAACAGCUUCUAGCUUGAUGCCAAGAAAGCUCUCUGCUUCCUUUCCUGCCAUGGGAUACUACUCACCACUGCAAGGACAGCUGACAACUGCCCGGCUGCCCAGCACGCUCUCCUUCGCUCCCCACCACGUGGAGCUGCUGCCCUUCCCAAAACCAUACUUGCUCUUCAAUGUCCUGCCCCCUUACGGCUCGCUGCUACCCCACAAGUUGGAAAGGAGCAGUAUCUGUGCCAGCUCCUCUUAGAGGAGGACACAGGCUGUCUGGGGAGUGUGUUUCUCCCCGUGUCCUCCAUGAAGGUGUGC